UCACCGCUGUUAGUUUUUGGGGAAAGCUACAUAAAAAAUGUGUAAAAUUAUCCUCGGUUGAAUUAUACAAAAAUGUCAAAUUUAUUAGUGGCCAUUUCGUUAAUUUGAAUAUCGAAAAAUAGUCUUAUUUAUUUGAAUCGGCAGACAAACGUUGCAGUUUAGCAAAUGACUCCAAUCGCAAUAGGGCGUAUGCUAUAUAGGGGCGCACGCUUCAGCCGCAAGCUAAUAAACACAUCUCGAACGCUCACAUCGGGAUUAUGGCAAACCAUGAUCAAUAGUGUCAUGUUCAACACGCAGGCGGGCAUCAAAUGCACAGAGGAUAGAAGAGGGCGGAUGUAUUUCGUUCAUCGUUAUUACUCGACAUGCGAGAAAACAUCGACGCAGAUAUUGUCAAAACUAUUUCCGCAAACAUCGAUGGAGUUGGAUGACGAGGAGAGUCGUGCGCGACGCAAGCGAGAGGAGGAGGAAGAACUGAAAGAAAUGGAGCGCGCCUGGCAGCGUAUGAAAAUUGGAUUCGCCUUUUUUGGCAUUGGAGGCGUACUCCUUUCAUUUUGGGCUAUCUACUUCUUUGGUAAGCCAACCGUCGAUGAGCAGGGCAACGAGAUGAUCGAUGAGUUUAGCGCACUGCCAACGAUGCAACAGUAUUUGGCACGCACGUUCAAGUCCUUUAAUCAUUUCCAACGGUUCAUCCAGGAGCCUUCGAGCCAAAAGCUACUGCCUGAUCCGCUCCAGGAGCCAUACGUACAGCCACCCUACACGCUGGUACUCGAGGUGAAAGAUCUGCUAAUCCAUCCGGAUUGGACCUAUCAAACGGGCUGGCGUUUUAAGAAACGUCCCGGCGUCGAUGUCUUUCUACGCGAGUGCUCCAAAUAUUUCGAAAUCGUUGUGUACACCGCUGAGCAGGGAAUGACUGUUUUUCCAUUGCUCGACGCCCUCGAUCCUCAUGGUUAUAUCAUGUAUCGUCUGGUGCGAGAUUCCACGCAUUUUGUGGGCGGACAUCACGUCAAGAAUUUGGAUAAUUUGAAUCGUGAUCUCAAGCGUGUGGUCGUCGUUGAUUGGGACAAGAACUCGACGCAAAUGCAUCCGGGAAAUACGUUCUCGAUUCCCCGUUGGUCGGGCAACGAUGAUGAUACCACUUUAUUCGAUCUGAUAUCAUUUCUGAGUGUGCUCGGCAGCAGCGAUGUGGACGAUGUGCGUGAAGUCCUGCAUUAUUACAAUCAAUUCCAGGAGCCAAUUGCCCAGUUUCGUGAGAAUCAGCGCAAGUUAUCGGAACAAAUGCAGGCGGAUGAAAUCGAGAAACUGAAUAAACCAAAGCCCAUGGUUAAGAACUGGUCGCGUGGUUUUAUGAAGCGUUGAGAACAAAAACACUUCACUCAAGGGGAAAAGCCUUUCACUCACUCUCUCUCUCUCUUUUUUUGUGGGGGCUUUUCGAAUUCUACUUUACGUUCCUGUUGCAUUGUUGUGACUUAACAAAUGAUUUCUGAAAGAGA